UGACCGGAGAAAGUAUCAAAAACUGCAUCGGCCCCUAAAGAGAUGCUGUAGCUGAGAGCAACACAAACCGCCAGGUGAUCAGAAGAACUUGUCGGUCAAGAUGACGGCCAUUGAGAGCAAAGAGGAGAUCAGCGACUCAGACAGUGGGAUUAUCUUGCACUCUGGUCCAGACAGCCCCACCUCUCCGGUGAAGGACCUGACCACCCACACCAGAGCCCUGAAACUGAAGCAUCAAUCUCUGGAAGAACGUCUAGAGCUCUGCCUGCUGGAGCUUCGAAAACUUUGCAUCAGGGAGGCAGAACUGACGGGCUCAAUCCCCUCAGACUUUCCUCUGAUGCCUGAUGAGAAGCCGCCUCGGGUUAGGAGGAGGAUCGGAGCUUCUUUCAAGCUGGAUGAAGGUCUGAUCCAUCAGGACCAACAGGACUCAGAGUUACAAGCUCUGGAAACUGACUUGGCGGUCCAGCGACAGAUUUACGAGGCGGCCCGAAAGCUCUCCCUCGAGGAGAACCUCAGUAAACCACAGAAGAAGAGCCGGCUGCAGCAGUGCAAAAGGGAGGAGAAGAAAGUGAAAGAUCUGCAGGAGGCUGUUUUCCAGCACAGGAUCAAGAGUGAGUGUAACUCACCCUGCAUCUCCAUCUCAAGCAGCCCAAGUAAAGAUACUUCUGAUGACAGCUCCCUUUCUGAUGUGGUGGCUCUGGAUGAUGACGUAGAUUCAUCUUGCCCGCACUCACCCCCAGUGUUGGACACUCCCCAUUCAGACCCUCUGCAUUCACCCCAUCAGCCUUCAGGCCAGGUGGAUGCGCAGUAUGAACGCUCUCCAAUCCAGAACUCUCCAUGGAAGGAGUCCAGUCUGGAUCAGCCUUACCAGAGAGCAACAAAACCUCAGUCAGCCAGCAGAAGCAGGUCUAGUAGUCCAGCAGGAGUCCAGCUGUCUGCAGAAAGCUGCAGGAUUCCUCUCACACAGUUUGUCAGGAACUCUGCUUUGCGCAACAACCAGUCCACCAGCGCCCCCUCUACUCCAGAGCUGCUCGUACGCCGACAAUACUCCCAGUCUUUCAGACUUCCCAAAAAGAAGUUGACUGUUGACAUGGAGCGGCUGAGCCGCGGCCGAACCAGGCUGCCUCAGCAGCGCUGUGUUCCAGAGACCAUGCUGCGCUCUCCAGAGUUCUCCCCUCCGCGUCCUUACCAGUCCAGCUCAGAGGACAGCAGCUCGGAGCACUCCUCCACCUCCUACGUCUGUUCUCCUGCAAGGGACAGACCUUCUGAGAUUCCUAAACUCUGUCCCCCGCCUUACGGAUUCCACUUCGGGGCACAGAAGAAGGAACUUUCCUCUUUCCGCACCCCCGAUAAGAGGACCAGCCAUUCUCAGUCCAGCCCUGGAAAUGUCAAACCUAUGGAAGAGAACAGGCCUCUAUCGCCUCAAGACACGGACAAAAGAAAGAAAGUUUCAGCUGCACCCCCUGGGACUAGCAAUCUGCAAAGAGGAACUCCCUGCCAGAGGAGCAUCCUGAAGCCCCCUCCUCCUUACACCAAACUGGUCCGAACACCUUCGCUAAAAGACUACCCAAACCACGCCGUCAGGCUGAUGCCUCGGGAGAUCGUGUCAGAGGAGCUGAAGUCCUGGCAUCAGAGGAAUCAGCUGCAAAAGAUCUAUCCACGCUGUGGAGAACAUCAGAGCAUCAUGAGCCCCACCUCUCCUCACAUGCCCCACUUUGAACAGGGUUCGGGUAACCUGGUCCUCCAGAGAGCUGCAGAUGGGACUCCGGUCCAGUGGUUUGUGGCUGAGGAUGCGGAAAUUGUGAGCCAGGUGUAAUUUUCAACCUCCAGCUCGUUAAGUUAUUCCUGUUUAUUUAUCUCUGUAUUUAUUGAGACUUUAGACUCUCUGUGAGAUUGUUUGACGUAAUGCAGAAAAAAUUGGACCUGUUGGUACCGGUGUGGUAAUUAUUUAUAACUUAAUGUAAGGUGAAAUGCCACUUUUAUUUAUCUGUGGUCAUCUUAUAUUAGACUGUAGCUGAAGUGAGGCUUAUGCAAUCUCAUAAAUGUGAGAAAUUGACUACAAAGGUUCUUUUUCUGUGGCUGGAACACAUUUUUUAUUAUAAAGUCACUUGCUCUAGUUGUCAUUUAGGUUUCCACAUUAUUAAUAUAAAUUGACCUUAUUUAUUAAAGGUUUCUCUUGAAACAUAGAUUUAUAACAAUUUGAUACUUAUUGGACCUACUUAAAUGUUUAACCUAAAGUUUAGUAUUUUUAUGAAUCCCCGACCUGUUAGCGGUCUGAUGAAUGUUUUAACUGCAGUUUGCUGUGCUUUUACUAACCGCUUGAUUGUAUGAGUGAUGAGGUAUUUUUUUGUAUAUUUAU